AUGGCUUGUCGUCCUAAUGUUUACGAAAGUGGAUAUGAAGAAUCGAGAUUUAAGACUUUUUGUCGUGAAUGUAUUGAAGAACAUCUACGAGUUAAUGCACAAAGAUGUCCUCAAUGUCAAGAUGAUUUAACUGUAGCUACGCUUCAUCCAGCGCGUGUUAUAAAUAACGUGAUUUCAAAGUUAAAGAUCAACUGCGACUACGCCAGUCGUGGUUGUCCUGAAUUUAUAAAUGUCGAAGAUCUUGAAAGACAUGUUGAAAAUUGUGGCUUUGCUCCAGUGUUGUGUUCUAAUGAACGUUGUGGUCUGGAAAUAAACAAACGAGACAAGAUUAAACAUGAAACUGAAUUAUGUGAAUACAGAAAGAUUGCUUCUCACGACUUUCGAGAGAUUAGCGAAAUGUUUCAACGAAGUUUUGAAGACAAAAUGGAAAUGCAAAUGAACAACUUAAGCAGGAAAAUAGACGAAAAAUUUUUUGAAGUAAAAGAUUCCGUGAAACCAUUGACAUCUCAGUAUAAAGAAAUGAUGGAAUCUAUGAACAUAAAUGAACAACAUGUUCAAACAUUGACAUCACCAAUUGAAAUGGUCAUGAACUCUGUAAGAGGUGAUAUUUUGAUUGCUGGAGGUAACUCAGUUGGUUCCUCAAAGAGUGUUGAAAUAUUUUCAUGGAAGGAGGAGAAAUGGUUUAAGAUUGCAUCAAUGGAAAAUGAACACAGCAGAGCUUCAUCAUUUAUUUAUAAUGAUAAUUUAUUUGUUGUUGGAGGAGUGGCCUGCAUGUCAAUGGAGACAUUGAAUAUAAAACAGUUUCCUUUGACAUGGAAGACAUUUCCCACAGAGCUUCCUUAUGACUGUGAGGGUCAUCAAACUGUUGUUUAUAAACAACAAAUCUUUCACAUUGGAGGAGACAUUAUUACUAAAGGAACAUUAGAUCUGAUCAGUGAAAUAAAGAUUACAGGUGCAACAUCUAAUGUCUUGAAAGAGUUGUGUCAUAUGCCUGAACCACGUUGGGGCCAUGGAGCUGUUGUUGUUGAUGAUAAAAUUCUUAUUUUCGGAGGAAGGGGAAAAGAUAGGAAAGAUUUGUCCAGUGUUUUGGAAUUUGAUCCAAGGACUCUUACAUUUAAGGAAAUGCCUCCAUUACCUCAUCCAUUGGGUGGAAUGGCAACAGUUCAAUGGAGAGAUCAAGUUGUUCUUCUUGGAGGUUGGGAUGGAAGAAAAACAUUGAACAGUGUUAUCAUGUAUGACACUAAGACAGGUAAGAUUACAGUCUUACCAUCCAUGUUGGAAAAGAGACAUUUCUGUUGUGCAGUUAUAACAGACAAUACAAUUGUUGUCAUGGGAGGUUGGAAUGAUAAAGGUAAUGUUCUUAAUUCAGUGGAGUGUUUUAAAAUGGGAUGUAGUUCUUCAUGGAAAUAUCUUCCUUCAAUGAACGAGCUACGACUUGGGUCCAUAGCCGAAGUUUUACCUUUUGGACAAAAGUAUGUAUAA